AUGGACACAACGGCCGAUGACGGGAGCGUCAGUGGUGACCACGAUGGUGCACGGCGAAGAUGGGGCCAACUUGAUACUCCCCGCGUACGGCAUAUAACUGGCAUCCGCAUCCACCAACUCACCCUCCCCGAAUCACUCUCCUACGCCUCCAAACUCGUCCCAGAAACACAACAGACCAUUCCAGAGGACUACACACUGGGUGAAUCGAGUCGCUUCACAGCUUCACCCGAGCCAGCUCAGUCCAGCAGUCAUGGACCACGCCCGAGGACAAGUUCCUCCGGGUCUACGGCGCUACGCAGGGACCGCAAGACAUCUGGGGACAGUCUUUUUCGACCGAGGUCAAGCUCGUCCUCAACUGUGACUCUGGAGUCAUCGUCACCUGUAGUGGGCUCCAUGCGAACGCCACGAAUAGCCCGACACCGUGCACCUACCCUUGCUGGCGAGGCCCUCGAGCUUGGUCAUACCAGUGCUGCCAAAGGCAGCUCUGCACCCGACAGACUACACGGGUCUUUGAGUGAAGAGCAGGAGAUGAUACAAGUGGACAAGAGAAGGCUCGCAAGGUGCUUUGUGGUGUUGAAGCUUCCACCCCACCCGGAGGCGAGAGACCAGAAGUUGAAUUGCUCUGCUUCCAAACGAGCGAACGAAGAAAUGCUCUACCGGACUAGGUCCAACACUCAACCAAGAUCUGCAUCCAAACCUGCCUCUCCCACAUCACGAUCCCCGACGCCAAAGAUGCCCUCGUCGCCGAAUUCUAUCACGCGAACCGUCUCCUUACCGGGCUCUGGCGGGCCCAUGCGAGUCCGCACUUCUUCCCUCACAUCCCAUGCUUCUCUCAAAAGCCCUUCAUCACCCUUUGGCUCUCCUCGACGAUCUGGUCUGAAUCUUAACCAAAAAGGCUCCUUACGAACUGCGCCCGAAACACGUCUUCCUUUCCCUCGCGGCUCUUCCUCCUCCUCAUCCUACCCCCCUCUAUCCGCUUCCAUGCAAGAACGGCCACAAAUCCCAUUCUACAUCUCCUCCAUCCACCCUCCUUCCGUUUUCCCUCGGUUUACGAGCUUGGACCCAGAGUCGGAUUUUGCCCCUUGGCUGGGGUAUGGAGAGUUGGCGAGUGGGGUGGUGGAAGUGGAGGUUUGGGUGCAGGAUGGUUUGGAUUUCCAAAGAGCGAGGAAAGGUCCUGAGAAGGGUCAAGAAGCGGGGGAGGGGUGGAAAAAGCUGAAAGAAGUUGGAGGACUGGUGGAUCUGGGAAGGUUGAGGAAGAAGAAGGAUGGGGCUGUGGAACCGCCGAAUGGGAUCGAGUUUACGCUGAGCUUUGAUCCCAUGGGAAUCUACUACGUGCCCCUUUCCGAGUCUUUGCCCAACGAUGGUGAUGAAGAAAAUCCAGCGCACAAGAAGAGGGAGACUAGGUUGAAGCAAGGUACCGGAGCAGGUGGUCUGCAUCAGCUUGUGAAUCUGCAUGCUGUCAUUGUGGAUACGCAAAAGAGUAUCAAGCAAGUACAAGGAAAUGUGGAUAGAUUGUUGAAGGAGGAUGUGGAUCAUCGAGCUUUGAAGAGGGAGGUGUCAGAGAGGGAAAACAGAGUGACAGUGAUCAAGAAGAUGAUUGAAGAUGUCGAGCAGCGCACCGAAAAGGUCCGCACUCGUACAUCCACCCUGACAACCUCGCACCAGACCCGCCGCUCCAACCUCUCUGACGCCGACGAAUACUCCACCGCCUCUUAUCUGCAGGUAUCAGCCCUCUCCAACGAGAUAACCUCGCUCGACUCUGAGAGGCUUGGGCUACAGCCAAAGAUCCACAAGCUGCGCGCCUUCCAUAUCCAGAUGCUGGACAGUCUCUUCCCAAUCCAAAUCCUCGACCCCUCAAUCCUGCUAUACACAAUAGUCGGCGUACCACUGCCCAUACCCGCAAACCCCAAAGACCCCGCCCCGCCCCUCACACUCCCAAACCACAAAAUCGACGAACGCACAACAUCCUCCGCCCUCGCCCUCUCUGCUCACCUCGUGCAGCUUUUGGCAAACCUCUCUGGUAUCCCUGGUGGGGGGCUGCCCUAUCCCAUUACUUGUGCGGGGAGCAAGAGUGCGGUGAGAGAUGUGGUUAGUGUGAUGCAGGGGGCGAGGAACUUUCCGUUGUUUGCGAGGGGAGUGGAGAGGUAUAGGUAUGAGUAUGGGGUGUUUUUGUUGAAUAAGGAUAUUGAGAUGUUGAUGCAAGAAGCGAAUAUCCGGCUGUUGGACCUCCGCCAAACUUUACCUAAUCUCAAGACUUUGCUACUCACACUGUCAUCCCCGUCAUACAUCCCAGCACCACACCGGCUGCCGUCUACGCUCGGGAACGGAUCAGGAGGCCGUUCAAGGUCCAGCACAUCCAUAUUCGGCGGUGCUUCGCGAGAAACCUCAGGCAAUUGGGCUACCGACAACACAUUCCCAGGCGGACCAGGUAGCUGGGGUAUAUCCCCUGCGAGCUCUACAGGCGUCGGAGGAGGCAGAGAGAGUCCGCUGUCGUUUACUGCGAAAGCCCAUUCGGCUUCCAUGGGUGGGCAUGCUGGAAGCCCGCUGGCAAAAACGGGUCUGAAGGGGAGAAGGUCGAUGUUGGGGAAAGCUACGAGUGAGGUGGCUCUGGGAAGGGCGAGGGGUGAGGGGGAGGAAGAAGGGAGUGGGGACGAGGAGGAGGAGAAGAUGGUGGGGGACGGGUUGGAGAGGCAUGUCCGGGGAGUUGCAACUUGA